AUGUUCCUCGCAUACGCAGAAAUGUACCUCACUAUCGCUGCCAUGGUUCAGAACUUCGACCUGGAGCUUGUAGAUUCCUCUAUUGAGAACAUCACGCCUGAUCGAGACUUUGGUCUGGCUUUUGACAAGAAUUACAACUUCGGCGUCAAUCUAAGGGUCACCAAGGUACUGCAGGAGUGA